AUGCAGAAGCUCAUGAUGAACAAGGGGUACGAUGGCGGCGGGGAGAAACAGCCGAGUAUAGUAAACAGCGGAAGCACCGAAAACGGAAACGGGUUCAUAGAAUCCAUUUUUAAGAACAUCACAAAAAAUGAGUACUUCAGUGCAGGUGUUGGAAUAAUCUCAGUGGGAGCAUUCGUCACCGUAGCUAACAGGCUAAACAGCUACAUCUAUCAUGCAGUGAAAAAAAAUAUGUUUACAUCGCUCGAAAUUACAAUCAAUGAUAAUGCAUAUUAUUGGGUUCUAGAAUACAUUGUAAAGAAAGGUAUAAUUAGUAGACACCUUAGCUUAAAAACACAAAUGCUAAAUGACAAAAAUAAAAAAAACGUAUUCUUUUCCUUCCUACCAAGUGUAGGUAAUCACCUACUCAUAUAUGAUAACAGAUUCAUAUUCAUUGAGCGAAGUAGAGAAAAAACAAUGACAUCUGAUGCAAACAGAUCAGUUCCAUUUGAAAAUAUUAAGCUUAGUACAUUCAUAUGGUCCAAAAACAUUUUCUCAAAAAUAUUAAUGGAUGCAAAAUUGUAUAUUGAGAAAAAGGAAGAAGGAAAGACAUUACUAUAUAAAACCUUUGGCCAUGAGUGGAGACCAUUUGGUACUCCAAAAAAUAAGAGACCAGUAGAUUCUGUUAUCCUUCCUGAACAUCUCAGUGAACAUAUAAUUAAUGACAUUGAUACUUUUCUGAAUUCUAGCAAAUGGUACAUUGAAAAAGGUAUACCUUAUAGAAGAUGCUACCUUCUUCAUGGCCCUCCUGGGUGUGGGAAAAGCAGUCUUAUUGCUGCUCUUGCUGGACAUUUUGAUUUUAAUAUUUGUACGAUUAAUGUGAAUGAUGUAUACUUAACAGAUGAUAGAUUUAUCCAUCUCCUUGCCACAGUUCCUCCUAAAACAAUUUUGAUUUUGGAGGAUAUUGAUUUUGUGUUUCCGAAUUCGAAUCAAGGAAAUGGAAAGGUAGACUCUCCUUCGGAAAGCUCGUCGUUAUCCGCAACAUCUACCAUUUCGAAAUCGCUACUUGAAAGUGGUAAUAUUAAAACCCUAGGUGUUUCCUACAGUGGAUUGUUAAACGCUCUAGAUGGCAUCGUCGCAACAGAAGAAAGAAUAAUUUUUAUGACAACCAAUAAUAUAGAGAGACUGCCAAGUACCCUUAUUAGACCGGGUAGGGUAGAUCUAAAAAUAUUUAUACCAUAUGCUAACAGCUAUCAAUACAAAAAAAUGUUUUUGCGUUUUUUUCCAGAACAUGAACAUCUAGCCCAGGAGUUCGCAACCAUAUUUGAGUCUUUCCAUCUGAGCAUGGCUGAAAUCCAGUCCUUCUUUCUUUUUUCAAAGCAUGAUCCAGACAAGACCAUUCAGAAUGCUCGACACUGGGUGAAGACCUACGGGCAGAAGGUGGGAGCAGAACAGGGAUGA